AUGAAUAAGAUGCACAUAUUGCCACCACUCCUGGUAGUUACGGCACUGCUUUUUGCUUACAACACCGCUAAUGCCGUGACAACUGCAGUUGCGCCACGGGAGGUGUUUUGUGUGCGUGAAGUUGCGCCGCCACACACGCGGGUUACAUUUCAGUUUAAUGUUAUGGACGCCGAUGGCCGGGAGAUACGGGCAACGUUACAUGACCAAAAUGGAACAGAACUGACACGUUGGGACAGCGCUUCAACAGGAAAUUAUGAUGUACCCGCAACAGUUGGAGCCACAGUUGCACAUGCCUGCUUUGAAAACACGGAAUCGGGUGGGACACCAAAACGCAUUUCGUUUCACUUCCGUUUUCAUGUGGAUUAUCAAUCCGUGGCUGGGCCGGAAGCUUUAGAUCCCGUGGAGAGUCUCGUGGAGUCCGUUGCGAAGCGAAUGAGAGAUGUGGAGGUUAAACAAAAGGAUCUUCAGGCAAUUCAGCACACGCACCUGGAGAUUAUUGGUGCAGCGGAGUGGUGGCUGAUGCUGUGGAGUUUGUUUCAGGUUGCUUCAUUGUUAUUGGUGAGUGUCUUCCAACUGCUCUUCUUAAAGCGUUUCUUGGAACGUAAAUCAUUUGUGUAA